GCGCCGUCGAGAGCGCCCAGGGUAGUGAGUCUCUGGACUCUUGAGAGCGGGCGAGCUGGGUUGAGGUGGCGGUGAGGGCGGCUGCUGCCAUGUGGUUCUCUGUUCGUUUUCGGACCGCCUUUCCGCGCUUGAUGACAAAUCUUCGCUGCCUUCAUACAUCAGCAGAAUGCAGAAGUAGUGAUGGAACUCUGUUUGUGCACAGAGAUACUCCUGAAAACAAUCCAAGUACCCCAUUUGAUUUCACUCCUGAAAAUUAUAAGAGGAUAGAUGUAAUAGUAAACAACUACCCAGAAGGACAUAAAUCUUCGGCAGUAAUCCCAGUCCUGGAUUUAGCUCAAAGACAACAUGGAUGGUUACCUAUAUCGGCUAUGAAUAAGGUUGCUGACAUUCUACAAAUGCCUCCUAUGAGAGUUUAUGAAGUAGCAACAUUUUAUACAAUGUUUAAUCGUAAGCCUGUUGGGAAAUAUCAUAUUCAAAUCUGCACUACCACACCUUGCAUGCUUCAAGAUUCAGAUAGUAUAUUAGAAGCCAUUCAGAAGAAGCUUGGUAUAAAAGUUGGGGAAACUACAUCUGAUAAACUUUUCACUCUAACUGAAGUUGAAUGCUUGGGAGCCUGUGUAAAUGCACCAAUGGUACAAAUAAAUGACAACUAUUAUGAAGAUCUGACAACAAAUGACAUUGAAAACAUAAUUGAUGAAUUGAAAGCUGGAAAUAUUCCAAAACCUGGACCAAGAAGUGGACGUUUCUCUUGUGAGCCUUCUGGUAGUCUGACUUCUCUGACAGAACCACCCAAGGGACCUGGUUUUGGAGUUCGGCCAGAUCUUUAAAACUAUUGUUCUAAGUGUAAAAAUCAUUGAAAAAAUAAAUUCUAAAAUAUGGACAAUGGAAAUCCAAGUUUAAAGUUAUUUUAGGACAGCUGCUAAACGUAUGUAUUUUAUUAGAACAAGAAAUGGAAGAAAUCCAAAAAUUCCAGUUAUUCAGAAGCAACAGUGUUGAUUAACUAUAUUUAUAAUUAUUAUUGAACAGUUAUGUAGAUGUCUCACUCCCUAUAUUAUAUGUGACACACCAGUGGUGCAUAAAAUAAAUAUAAUGGAACUGAUAGUAUAUUGCUCACUAAUUAUCAAGAGGAUUUUUGCAAACAAAAAUGAAGCUCUUUGGCAUCCCACAAUACAGUUAAUUAGUACACUGAUGAAGUAGCCAGAAUGCUAUAAAAAUUAUUUGGAAAUAAUGGCACAAAAGGAAUUUUUUAAAAGUAUGAUUCAAGGCAAAGCUAGACUAAUUUUAGUCUCCAAAAGAGCAGGUCGAUGACUUGGGGAUCCUCCUGGACUCACAACUAAAUAGCAGGUGGAGGAUAGGGCUGAAGGCUUUGCCCAAUUUCAAGUGCACCAAUCCUGCCCCUAACCUGGAGCCAAAGGACCAAAAGAACUUAACUCAUACCCUCAUUUCCAUAUGCCUAGAAUAUUGGAAUGUUCUCUAUAUAGGGCUGCCAUUGAUGCACAUUUGGGAACUUGGUUGGGAACCUUUUAAUAUAAGCAUACUGCAUCUGUGCUUUGGGCCUUGCACUGAUUUGCUAUUACUUUUGAGAGCAUUGCCUUUCCACAAGCUACUAAAAAUUGAGUUGGUCUGGAAAGUCUUUCAGAAAAGAACUGACAUCAUAAUGACUAUUGUGUUACUGUGUUCUUACUGUUUUUAUUAUUCAUUUAUCAUGGGUGUUUUAUUUAAUUUCUGAUUAUGUACGUGAAGUGCUGUCCUUUUAAUUGUGGCAGCAUACAAAUCAAGUAGACAAAUAAUUAUUAUAUUAAUGUGGUAUAUCUAUUAAUGCCAACUAUAGCUAUUUUUGAAGUAAGUAUCCAGCCAAGCUGAUUACCAAAAAUUUAAAAAUGUAGACAAUCCUACUUCAGUUUGAGAUUUUGUAUUAUAAAUAUAAAAUUUAAAUUGUGUACAUCCUAAAGUUAGUAAAUAAAUAAAUGGGAAAAACAUGUUUUUUAAAUUUCUGAUCUACAGCAAAAUGAAUUAAUCAUCAAUUUGUCAAUAAUGAUGUGCAGUCUGCAAAAAAUCAAACUGUAUAUCAAAUAGAUACAAUGAAAGAGCUAAAAAAUAGGUUUUAUUGCACAUCCUCCCAAUAAGAUAUUUUGGAACUGCUUUGUGGCAUAGUUUGGGUCAGAACCUGAAAUUCUUCUGUUGAUUGCCAUACUUCUGAAGAUAGCCAUAUAUUCUUGUAGCUUUCUAUUGUGGCAAUGAUCAUAAUGUGAUCUAAAUUCAUCUUCUAUUAGAGUUUCUUAUAAACAGGAAAAAUCUAAAGUAUUUUGGAUGCUAAUAUACCUGUUGUAUAGAAUUUCAGUAUAGUCCUUGCAUCUUGCUGAUUUUUGAACUGGUCAUCUGUCAAGUGGGAUCUUUUAGUAUACCAUAUUCUUCUGGGUUCAAAAAUCUUGCCGUUUUUCCAUAAUCUGUUUCUAUCCUCAAUAUCUUUACAAAUGUCAUUAUAAUUCUGCUUGUCUUUUCUCUGUCAGAAAUGGUAUAGACUCCUACUUGGGCAGGGGGUUGGACUAGAUGACCUACAAUGUCCCUUCCAACUAUUCUAUUUCUUAUUCUAUUCUAUUCUAGAAAGCAAUUCUUGAUGUUAUCCUUGAAAAUGGUGGGUAGAUGCUCAGGAUCAUAUUGUAGAAACUGUUUGGCUUUCUUUCACUUUAGCAUGACUUGGAACUUGUUCAUGAGAAGUUGAUCAGCCCCUGGCCACAUUUUUCUAUUAUAACAACUUUUCCAAUGAUUGCUAAUAUAGUCCAUUUAAUUUUUGUGUACUGUGUCUAGAGAUGUCCAUAUGUGUAGCAGUUGUUUAGGUUGUUUGAAGAAUGUGUUAGCAAUAAAUUAUUGGAUUGUUAAAAACUAAA